GGUGUCUGCACGGAGGGCUGGUAUCCGGGGUUUGGCGCGGCGGCGCGGCUGGCUCCGUGCGGGGAAGAACGGGGCACAUCCGAAAUCAAACAGUGUUUGUGGGCACUUCAAGGUCACAAACAAACUAAAGUGGUUUGUAAUCCGCUGAAAUGUGACCAAGAGAGGCUUUUUCUUUUUUCCUCAAGUGUGACCGCUGCGCUCAUCUGCUCCGUUUCACCCCCGAAUACCGCAAGACCCGAGCUGAAUCCAGCCGCUCGGCUUCGCUUUCCACAAUGGAGCGCCUUUUUAACGGUACAAUGCGUUUCACCUACCAGAUAGGGGGAGUCCAAGAUGAAAGAUGAAGGGAAUAUGCUGAUGCCUGGCGAUCGACAAACGUUUACCUUAGAGGACAGCGACAGACAGGGGCAGAAAGGGACGCGGAGACAAGAAAUAAAGCAGUGAUUCUCACAUAUUUUUUUUAACUCGGACGCGCGGCGGUGACGGGUUUUAGAGAGAGGAUCGAGGAGUCUUAACAGGUCCGAAGCGUACUUUUCAACACCCCCGCCAUCCGAGGAGAAUAUGAUCCGUUCAAAUCGUAUGGACAUGCCUCAUUAUUCAAUGAACACUAUCUCUCACGACGCAUCGUUUACGCACAGGAGUUACCCGGCGCUUCGCCAAAUCUAAAAGGCUCCUGUCGUCCCACCUUCUGCGGAGCUGUCGGCGCACUUCCUGACAUCAGGCAUUCGUUGGAGCGGCUGCAGUCGCACAGGACUCCGCCAUCAGUGUAGACCAGAAGCGGAACCGAAGCUGAGGCUGGCUUAACGGGGCUAAGCACACCGUCACGCUGUCUGAGAAGCUACCCCCACCUGCCAUCUGAGGUGGCCGUUGCCGUCAGCAGCAGCCAGUCAGAAGUGACAGUGAGAGGCCACUUCAUCCCACAGACAGGUUACACUUCACUAUGCCGCUGGUGUACUAAGGAUGGAGGAUUCCAGUUUGUGCCUUGGUGUGUCGUCAGCAGUGCCUGAUGCUGACACCCAUCUCAGCAGUGCAGUGUUAAAUGGACGCUAUCCUAUCAGUCAAAAGCUUCACCAGCUUACUGCCCAACUAGGACACACCUUUCCUGACCUUCACCGUCCACAACAGAUCCCUGAAGAAAAGGCAGCCACUCCUUUGGACGAGAAAUCCCAUCACGCAGCACUGGCCAGUCAGCCUAUAAGCAGCCAGAUGGCACUACUAGCCAAUCAGCUCAACCGAGAUACUGAUGCAGGGGCACUAAGUGGGUUGAAUGGGCGUGUUGACCUGCAGCAAUUUCUGAAUGGCCAGAACCUUGGAAUCAUGUCCCAGAUGAAUGAUAUUGAAGAUGAUGCCCGCAAGAACAGGAAGUAUCCCUGCCCAUUAUGUGGCAAGCGCUUCCGUUUUAACAGCAUCUUGUCACUGCACAUGCGCACACACACAGGUGAGAAGCCUUUCAAGUGUCCCUAUUGUGAUCACAGAGCUGCUCAAAAGGGCAACUUGAAGAUCCACCUUCGCACCCACAAACUGGGAAACCUAGGUAAGGGCCGUGGCCGUGUUCGAGAGGAGAACAGGUUGCUGCAUGAGUUAGAGGAGAGGGCCAUCCUGAGGGACAAACAGAUGAGAGGGAGUGGUGGUCUCCUUCAGACAGCUCAAACCCCUCAUUUGAGCCUCAACACCAAUACCAAUGCACAUCAGCAGCAACUAGGCUCAGCCUGUGGACUGCUUCCGCCUUCAGGUCUUGGCACUCCUGAAGCCAUCUCCCAGCCUUCAUCUUCACCCAAGCCAGCUGGCACACAGGAUGAGCAGUCCCUCAAUCCGACCACCGGAUUUCGUUGUACUUUUUGCAAAGGCAAAUUCAAGAAGCGUGAAGAGCUAGAUCGGCACAUCCGUAUACUCCACAAGCCCUAUAAAUGCACUCUAUGUGAGUUUGCUGCUUCCCAUGAAGAGGAACUGAUAAGUCACGUGGAGAAGGCUCACAUAACAGCUGAGACUACGCAGGGCACAGGUGCUGGUGGCACUGGGGGCAUGCAGAUGGCGACUGAAUUCCGCUGUGAUGUUUGUGGUCAGGUGUUCAGCCAAGCCUGGUUCCUGAAGGGUCACAUGCGCAAGCACAAGGACUCAUUUGAACACUGUUGCCAAAUUUGUGGCCGACGAUUCAAGGAACCCUGGUUUCUCAAGAACCACAUGAAGGUGCAUCUCAAUAAACUGGCCAUCAAGAGCAAACCACCACAGCCUAGUGAGCAGGACAUUGCGUCUGUCAACACGAUGAAUAAUUUGGCCCAUGAAGCGCAUGCUAAUCUUUACUCCCGCUAUAUUUCAUGUCUGCAGGGAGGAUUCCUGUCACCAGAGAAACAGGGCCUGAGUGAGCAGCACCAAAUGUUGGCUAAAGCAGGAAUAGCAAUGAAGGAAAAGGAAAUGUUAGGGAAGCUGCUAGGGCCAAUGGCAGCGGGUAUGGGCCAUGGCCUAGGUGAAAAUGAGAAGCGUUCACUUUUAGGCUGUCUUAACCUUGUACCACCUCUCAAGUCAAGCUGCAUGGAGCGCCUCCAAGCAGCUGCAAAAGUUGCAGAAAUGGAUUCUAUCAAUAGUUACCAGGCAUGGCAGAUAAUGGCUCGUGGCAUGGCUAUGGACAGAGCUUUCAUGCCUAAGGAGCAGCAACAGCACCAGCAGCACCAUAUACCCCCUGGACAGGAAGACGAACUUGGCACUGCUGGGGGAAUGGUUUCCUUCUCAAAGGAGAAACAAGACUACUCCCUGCUGGCUUCUCCUGAGAGCUCCAAGCAGAAGCAGCUGACUGAAGCCUUGCAGGGAUCCAAGGCUGCUAGUGGAGUCAUGAUGUCCAUGAAGGAGGAUGGGAGAGGGUUUGAGAGUCACCGUGACCUGAUGUCCCAUCAUGCUGGUGCUGAAGUUCCUGGAGGGUUGGCUGCCCUAGGGAGCCACAACAUUGAGUAUGGCCUCACUAGCUUGAAGGAGAAGCCAUCAGAGUGCCCUGACUGUGGCCGAGUCUUCAGAACCUAUCAUCAGAUGGUUGUCCAUUCCCGCAUUCAUGGCAAAGAUAGAAGAGGCAUUGAUGAAGCCCUUCAGCAACAAGGCGUCGAAGAGCGCCGCGGAUCAGCCAGUGACCAAGAGUCCCAAUCCAUCAGCCGUUCCACCACUCCUGGGUCAUCAAAUGUGACAGAGGAGAGUGGCGCUGGUGGAGCACAGUCCCAGACAGGCAGUGCCCAGGAUGACAGCCCACAUCCAUCCUCACCAUCUUCAGAUGUUGGGGAGGACCUGGUGAAGGCAGCAGGCAGUGUUCAGCCGUCGCUGUCCCAGCAUCGUGAGCGCAGUCUGGCUUCCUCCUCCAAGGACUGUCCCUACUGUGGCAAGUCCUUCCGCACCUCCCAUCAUCUCAAAGUCCAUCUGCGGAUACACACAGGAGAGAAACCCUACCGGUGCCCUCAUUGUGACUAUGCUGGCACUCAGUCUGCCAGCCUGAAGUACCACCUAGAGCGCCAUCACCGUGAACGCCAAAAUGGCUCCACCACCUCAGGAGCAACCUCCGGCCAUACCACCUCCUCUGACCACAAAGACGACCACGGCAAAGUUAUCAGUGGCAGCCUGUUUGCUCGCCCAGAUGUUCUCCGUAAUGUUUGUAAAGGCAUGCCUCCCAACCUAGACUUUAGGGCAGGUCCAUUGCUGCCACAUCAGUGGGCAUCCGCCAGUAUGAUAUCUGCACAUGACCGAGACCAUGAGCGGGACCGCGGGGAUCGCCAUUUUGACUCUGCUUCCGUAGCUGAGAAUAUGAAGGGUGCUGAUGGCCUGGCCUCCCUGGUCUCCACAGCAGCAGACACUCCUGCCAGCUUCUCUGAUCUGAGUAGGGCCUACCAAAGCAUGAUGGGAAAUGGAGUGCACUUUCAAGGAUCUCUUCAGGCCUUUAUGGACAACUUUGUUCUCAAUUCAAUGAAGAAGGACAUGAAAGACAGCCAGAGUCCAGUCCAACUGCAGGCCCAACGUUACCAUGAUAAUGGUGAACCCAAAGCCAAACGGGCCACCUCAGCUGAACCAGACAGAGAGGAGAUGGCUGACGGCAAGAAAAACUCACAACCAGGAAAGGCUGGAUCCCAGUAUGAACCACUAGAUUUGUCUGUGUCAGUACGUCCUGAGUCUGUAUCUGGUUCUCUCCCAGGCUCCUCAGUCACAAUCCAUGACAAUGUGGCAUGGCACAGCUGCAUCUUCUGUUCCUUCUCCACCUCCUCAUUGGAGCUCAUGGCUCUUCACCUCCAAGCUAACCACAUUGGAAAAGCCCAGCACCAACGAUCUGAUGUAGGAAAGGAGCUUCAUGGAAAGGCCUCUCCCACCACUUCCAUCCUUAAUUCUUCCUGCACAAAGACCUCUAGUGUUGCUAUUGAGAAAGAUGGAGACAAAGAUGGCGAGAAAAGCCAGGCUAGCUGGAAUAACCACAUGGAUCAACCAUAUAACCCCUUCCACAGUGACUUCUACAGGCGGUUUGGAGGCUUGUAUGAUGGAUCACUAAGAGCCAGCCAAGGCCUGCAGGGUUAUGCAAUCCAAACUGACCAGAGUCUGGAUCUUCCCAGCCAGGGUUUCAUUAGAGCUUCUUCAGCAGAGGAUGACCAGCUCUGUGAAAAGGGCUCCUGUGGAGAUGCUGAGGAGGACCAGGUUGGAUCUGACGAUGAUGCAACUAAAGUCGGGGUGCACAGUGCUGGUGACACACCUUCAACCACCCCCAAAAGACAGCAGCACCAAAAUCACUUUGAUGAAGAAGAGGAGGGUGGAACGGCUGAAGAGGAAGAUGACAGAGAGGACGAUGAGCAUGUUGACACAGAGAAAGAGGAAGAAAAAAGUCCAGGUUCAGACCACCUCCAGAACCAUCCCAGACAGCUGCAGGAUGACUCCCCUUUGCCUCCAAGGAGUGGAGCUGGCUUGGUGGCAUCCUCCAGUGCCAUGUCACCACUCUCUCUGGUUCCGCAACCUCAGAACCAAGCUUUGCCGGUAGAGAAGCAGUGGCAGCACGGGUUGGGCCUCCUGUCUUCUGGAGGUCCUCCUGGACUACUGAAAGCUGAGCAGCAAAGCCACCUAGAGCAGCAGAUGAACAUGCUGUCUGUCCUCAGAGCCUACAGCAAUGACAACCUUUCUGCAUUCAAUGGCCUGGGAGGAGGACCUGGAGGAGCACCUGCAGGGGGCAUGAAGAGGCCAGAUGCAUCCGGUGAGUGUGUGUCUACUUCAAACCAUGAGCAUCACAUAAAUAUAUUCAAACACCAACAAUGGGGGAAGCAACAGACUGGAGGGGGAACAGCAGACACCCAAAAGCUGUCCGAGUUGGACCAGCACAUCGCAGCCAUAAUCAGGGAGAUGGCACUCUCAGGAGAGAAACCCUACCGGUGCCCUCAUUGUGACUAUGCUGGCACUCAGUCUGCCAGCCUGAAGUACCACCUAGAGCGCCAUCACCGUGAACGCCAAAAUGGCUCCACCACCUCAGGAGCAACCUCCGGCCAUACCACCUCCUCUGACCACAAAGACGACCACGGCAAAGUUAUCAGUGGCAGCCUGUUUGCUCGCCCAGAUGUUCUCCGUAAUGUUUGUAAAGGCAUGCCUCCCAACCUAGACUUUAGGGCAGGUCCAUUGCUGCCACAUCAGUGGGCAUCCGCCAGUAUGAUAUCUGCACAUGACCGAGACCAUGAGCGGGACCGCGGGGAUCGCCAUUUUGACUCUGCUUCCGUAGCUGAGAAUAUGAAGGGUGCUGAUGGCCUGGCCUCCCUGUGCCACUUUCAAGGAUCUCUUCAGGCCUUUAUGGACAACUUUGUUCUCAAUUCAAUGAAGAAGGACAUGAAAGACAGCCAGAGUCCAGUCCAACUGCAGGCCCAACGUUACCAUGAUAAUGGUGAACCCAAAGCCAAACGGGCCACCUCAGCUGAACCAGACAGAGAGGAGAUGGCUGACGGCAAGAAAAACUCACAACCAGGAAAGGCUGGAUCCCAGUAUGAACCACUAGAUUUGUCUGUGUCAGUACGUCCUGAGUCUGUAUCUGGUUCUCUCCCAGGCUCCUCAGUCACAAUCCAUGACAAUGUGGCAUGGCACAGCUGCAUCUUCUGUUCCUUCUCCACCUCCUCAUUGGAGCUCAUGGCUCUUCACCUCCAAGCUAACCACAUUGGAAAAGCCCAGCACCAACGAUCUGAUGUAGGAAAGGAGCUUCAUGGAAAGGCCUCUCCCACCACUUCCAUCCUUAAUUCUUCCUGCACAAAGACCUCUAGUGUUGCUAUUGAGAAAGAUGGAGACAAAGAUGGCGAGAAAAGCCAGGCUAGCUGGAAUAACCACAUGGAUCAACCAUAUAACCCCUUCCACAGUGACUUCUACAGGCGGUUUGGAGGCUUGUAUGAUGGAUCACUAAGAGCCAGCCAAGGCCUGCAGGGUUAUGCAAUCCAAACUGACCAGAGUCUGGAUCUUCCCAGCCAGGGUUUCAUUAGAGCUUCUUCAGCAGAGGAUGACCAGCUCUGUGAAAAGGGCUCCUGUGGAGAUGCUGAGGAGGACCAGGUUGGAUCUGACGAUGAUGCAACUAAAGUCGGGGUGCACAGUGCUGGUGACACACCUUCAACCACCCCCAAAAGACAGCAGCACCAAAAUCACUUUGAUGAAGAAGAGGAGGGUGGAACGGCUGAAGAGGAAGAUGACAGAGAGGACGAUGAGCAUGUUGACACAGAGAAAGAGGAAGAAAAAAGUCCAGGUUCAGACCACCUCCAGAACCAUCCCAGACAGCUGCAGGAUGACUCCCCUUUGCCUCCAAGGAGUGGAGCUGGCUUGGUGGCAUCCUCCAGUGCCAUGUCACCACUCUCUCUGGUUCCGCAACCUCAGAACCAAGCUUUGCCGGUAGAGAAGCAGUGGCAGCACGGGUUGGGCCUCCUGUCUUCUGGAGGUCCUCCUGGACUACUGAAAGCUGAGCAGCAAAGCCACCUAGAGCAGCAGAUGAACAUGCUGUCUGUCCUCAGAGCCUACAGCAAUGACAACCUUUCUGCAUUCAAUGGCCUGGGAGGAGGACCUGGAGGAGCACCUGCAGGGGGCAUGAAGAGGCCAGAUGCAUCCGGUCAGCGACCAUUCAAGUGCAGUUACUGCCCCUACAGUGCCUCCCAGAAGGGCAAUCUGAAGACUCACGUCUUGUGUGUCCACCGCAAGCCUUUUGACAACAGCAAGUACCCCGACAGACGCUUCAAACGCAUCCGUCCAGAGUUAGGCAUCCCGGAGAAGAACCCAGACGACACUGCCAAUGGGCCUGCGGUCAGCGUUGGCGGUAUUGUGUCCAGUCAACUGAUGGCAGGUGCAGAUGAAAACAAUGAGUGUUCAGUUUUCUGA